UAGCAAGCCUGUAGCUACUUGCAUAUUAUCGGCCACGCGCAUUAUUUCCUAUAUCAACAGUUUGCGUGACUCUAUCCUCGUUCUGGUUGAGACUUGUGAAAAUAUACAUUUCUGAUAUUAUUGCAUCAAGGAAAUUUGUCUGGCAACGCAAAGAUGUGGAAGUCAGUGGUGGGACACAACGUGAGCUUAAAGGUUGCAGAGGGGGACGACUGGGAGACCGACCCUGACUUUGAGAAUGAUGUGUCAGAACAGGAACAGAGAUGGGGGGCCAAGACCAUUGAGGGGUCUGGUCGAAAAGAACACAUCAGUGUAUCAGAGCUGAGACAGAAGGUGUCCCAGGAGCAUGAGGUGGGGAAGCAGAAGGAGCGAGCGGAGGCUCCCAAGGCCUCUUACGGUUACGGAGGGAAGUUUGGAGUGGAGAAAGACCGCAUGGACAAGGGGGCAGUGGGGCAUGGCUACGUGGCGCCGGUGGAGCAGCACUCAUCCCAGACCGAUGCAAAGAGAGGAUUCGGGGGGAAAUUUGGAGUGCAGAAAGACCGUGUGGAUAAGUCUGCCAUGGGUUUUGAAUACAAGGGAGAGGUGGAGCAGCAUACAUCUCAGAAAGACUAUUCAAAGGGGUUUGGAGGGAAGUUUGGGGUGGAGAAGGAGAAAGUGGACAAGGCUGCCUUAGGUUACGACUACAAGGGAGAGACCGAGAAGCACCAGUCUCAGAAAGACUAUUCAAAGGGUUUUGGAGGGAAGUUUGGGGUGGAGAAGGAGAAAGUGGACAAGGCUGCUUUAGGUUACGACUACAAGGGAGAGACAGAGAAGCAUGAGUCACAGAAAGACUAUGCCAAGGGCUUUGGGGGACGCUAUGGAGUCCAGACAGACCGCAUGGAUAAAAGUGCAGUGGCCUUCACAGACAUGGAAUCCCCUACCUCAGCCUAUGAGAAGACACUACCAUUGGAGGCAUCAAGUGCAGGGGCAGGCAACCUGAAGGCUCGCUUUGAGAACUUGGCUCGGUCAUCAGACGAGGAGAACAGAAAGCGAGCGGAGGAGGAGAGAGCCAGGAGACAGGCUAGAGAGAAGAGAGAGCAGGAGGAGGCACGACGCAGACAACAGGAACAGAACAGCAGGGAGGAGGAAGCAGAGCAGCAUCAGCCUCCACCUGUUGAAGAGCAGAGACCUCCACCUGUUGAAGAGCAGAGACCUCCACCUGUUGAAGAGCAGAGACCUCCACCUGUUGAAGAGCAGAGACCUCCACCUAUUGAAGAGCAGAGACCUCCACCUGUUGAAGAGCAGAGACCUCCACCUAUUGAAGAGCAGAGACCUCCACCUGUUGAAGAGACCAACAGGAAGCCCCAACCACCACAGCUGCCCACUGCCAGGGCAUUGCCUCAGUUACCAAGAGAUGAACCUGAGCCAGUGGAGGAGCCAGACUAUGACCAGCCCCCGUGCCUGCCCCCACGGUCAAGUGACCUGCUGGAGGCGGAGCCACCUCAGGAGCAGACCCCAUCAGAACCAGAGCAGGAGGAUGAGGGAGAGUAUGAUGAUAUCUCACCAGUACCUUUCCCAGAACCUGAUCCAGCUGUGGAUAAUGACUAUGAGGACCUGACAUGCGGUCAGACAGCAGUGGCCAUUUAUGACUACCAAGGAGAGGCAGAUGAUGAGAUCUCCUUCAACCCGGAUGAUGUCAUCACCAACAUAGAGAUGGUGGACGAAGGCUGGUGGAAGGGACAGUGUCACGGACGCAUCGGACUUUUCCCUGCUACAUUCGUGAAAAUGAUGUAGUGAGCGUGUCUAUACAGUCUCCAACACACAGACAUAUACCUGAGCCCAUAGGACCUGUGGGUCUUUUCACAGUGGGAACAUCAGCAUAUUGAUCCUAUCUGACAGGUAUAGUUUGAUUGUACCAUGGGAGAAUCUCAAUUGCAUACUCCUCUAUCCUCACUUUCUCAAUACCCAUUGGAGAAGGGACCUCUGGCUCUCUCAUCCAAUGGGUUUUGAGGUGAGGAGGACGCAAGGAGUAUACAAUUGAGAUUCUCCCCAUGUGUUUUCUAAUCAAUUGAUUUAUAUCCGGUCAGUAGUCAUGACAUAUAAUGGACAGUCAUUGUGCUUCAUAUUGCUCAGGGUGGGAUGCAGGCCUUCCCCUUUAUAAAAGUUGAUUGCUAAAUGUUCCAGUAAUAUUCUCAUACACUUGCAUUUCAAAGGAUUAUGUAAGUCACUUAGCUAUGGAAUGUUAUGUUUAAAAACAAUAAUUAACUACAGAGAAUUGUAUUUUGGCUAUUGAUGGAAUUCAACUUGAAUUACAUGUUCAUAUGUAAGCAAAGCAAAAUAUCUGAAACACCAGGUUAAAAAGGUUCUUUCUAGAAUCAACUGCAUGUAAUCAAUAAAAUGUCAAUGUACAGAAACACAUUUAUUUACUCCAACGUGACAGCCAGAAGAUUACAUGGACAGUUUGUUACAUGUAUAAUGAAUGUCUUUGUAAUGAUGGGCUAGGCUACAGGAAGAGCAAAUCAAACAGGAAUGGAGCUACCAACAACAGGUAGCAUUAUUGGGGUAAAAUGUAAAGAAUCUACCAUCUUUUCUUCUGUAUACCACAGCAAUAAGAAAACAUGGCUUUCAUUCAAGUGAAGUAUGUCAAUGCAGUACUAUACCAUUGUGGCCAAAAAUACAACUCUGUUGUUUCCUUUCAUACAUUAAAAUGGGCUUACAGACAA